AUGACUCGUAAGCCAAACAAGCGCUCUAGGAUUCAAACCACCGGACACGGGAAUGCCCAUGCAUCCUCUUCUAACGAGAAUGUUAAGGCGCUCAAGUUACCUGUUGAACUUCUCAUGGAGAUAGCCUCUCACUUCAAGGGCCUCCCGGACAGCUUUGCAGGUCUUCAUCGCGGCCACUACUCUCAGCGGACGGUCGUUAAAUAUCUCGAGCGGACUAUCACUCUGCGCAGCCUGUCUCAAACAUGCAAGUUUUGGAGAACUAUAUUUUUUCCUUUGCUAUGGAAAACGCUGGACGUAUAUGCCACGUACUCUGCGCCUGCGUCAUGGUAUCGAUUUCUUGCAAAGUCUUUGAUCAAGAAGUGCACCGCGAUAACUCUAGAGGAAAACAAAAUUAUAGCGCAGCACGUUCGCUCUAUGACGGUCAUCCUUUCAACUUCUUCGGCUUCCACAGUACUCCCAAUCUUUGUCCAAGGGCUCAAAUCCCUCCCAAACUUAAAACUACUCUACAUAGUAUGCGCGCACGACCGAAUGGGAACCGCCCUCCAAGCAGCAUUAAAAGGUCAUACUUUCCCUCAAAUAGAAACAAUCGCACUUCCAAUCUACACCCACCACAUUCUGAGGUCGUGUCCCAACGUCAAACGGGUCAUCUGUGUCGACGGAUACAGCCCAGGCCAUUUAAUCGAUGCUAUAUCCAAAGCUUGUAAGAAGGUCGAAGAAAUCGAACGGUUUAAUUUUCCAGACGAAAAGUCAAUGAAAAGUCUCGUAAAGGCUACUCCAAACCUUCGUUCAAUCAAACUUUAUCUUCCCAUACAACAUGCUGCGAUCUUGAAACCCCUUACCGCAUUGAAGAACCUAUCACAUAUCACAUUGCCAUCAGAACGCAGGACACCCGAGGAAGCUCUAAAUAAUGCAAUGGAGGGUAGCUGCAUCAAAGUCGCGAAAGAUAUCCUACGGCAGUCUAAAUCCAAAGAUCCAAAGUCCCUGGUACUAAAAUACGACCCGAAUUCGGAGGACCUUCUCAGCGAUGCGUCUGGGGGCUGGUCGAAAGAGAUCCAUUAA